AAAGCCCUGAGCUGUGAACGAGCUGCGGUAGCUGCCUGUGCGCACCUCUUUACUCCGAUCCUUCCGGGACAUCAUAGCUGAUGAACCACAACCUCAACAGUGGAUAUAUUAGACAGGAGGUCUGUCCGUAAUUGGCUCUGCGUGAGAAGACAAGAGUUACUUGGGGGAACAUAUUAAAGCUUCUGUCCUGUCCACAUCGGCGUUUGAGUGGGAAAAGACGGGACCUCUGCGCUCCGAGGAGUCGCUCCUGUGCCGUGCAGCAGCGCCGGAGAACAGCCACAGACUCAGCAGACGCGCUAAAGGGAGCGGGGAGAGAGGACGGGAGAGAUACUUUACGCACAGCAGCGCUCAGUUAGCUCUGUUUAACACGCGGCUACUAACUUUGGAUCCCGUUUAGGACCCCGCAUUCGCUUCGCCUCUUGGUCGGAUUUGCACUUGACUAAGUGCACAUAGUACGGUCGACUGGGAUGGAUUCCUUCAUCAUAGUGGCUCUGGCGCUAGGCUCUUUAACGGUACCAGCCUGCGGGGACAAAGGGACCAGCAAAGCCCGGAGUUGUUUGGAUAUCAGACAGUUUUAUAGCGGGAAGGGAUUCCCUCUGGAUGGUGUCCCACAGUCUGAAAUAUCAGGGGAGCACCUGCGCAUCUGUCCCCAGGGUUACACCUGCUGUACUAGUGACAUGGAGGACAACCUAGCCACGCUGAGCCGUAGGGAGAUGGAGGUAUUUCUCAAAGAGACUGGACGAUCCUUGCAGAUCUCACUCAGUGGACAUUACAAGUCCUUUGAUGUUAGCCUACAGGAGACUUUCACUCAAACUUGGGGUUCCGUAUACACCCAGAAUUCCCAGGUCUUCUCUGACCUGUACACAGAUUUGAGGCGCUACUACCGAGGGGCCAACAUCAACCUGGAUGAGGUGAUCAAUGAAUUCUGGACAAAGCUGAUGGAGAAGCUCUUCUACCAGGCAAACAAGCAAUAUGUCAUAGGUGAGGACUACCUGGAGUGUGUUUCUAAAAAAAUAGAUACACUGCGGCCCUUCGGAGACAUAUCCCAUAUAAUGAAGAUGCUGGUUACUCGCGCAUUUGUGGCAGCGCGUUCCUUUGUCCAGGGUCUGAUGGUCAGUGGGGAUGUGGUGCGCAAGGUGUCCCAGGUGCAGCUAAGCCCGGAGUGCAUGCGGGCCAUGAUGAAGAUGACUUAUUGUCCCCACUGCCGCGGCAUGCCCAGCGCCAGACCUUGCGCCAACUACUGCCGCAAUGUCAUGAAGGGCUGUCUGGCCAACCAGGCUGACCUCAACACUGAGUGGAGACAUCUGGCAGAAACAAUGAUUGAGGUUGCUGGCAGCGUUGAUGGCCCGGCUGGAAUGGAUAACAUAGUUCUCUCCCUUCCUAGUCGCAUAUCAACUGCCAUAUUUACUAUGGUGUAUAAUAUGGAAACCAUCAACAGCAAGUUGUUCCAGGCAUGUGGUAACCUCCAAGAGGGAGGAACCAGCAGCACAGGAGGCAGCGAAAUGAUGAGAAAAGGGAAGGUUAUGGUGGAGGACAACUUGGAAUCCAGCUCUGACAAAAUGGGCAAACUGGUGUCUGCUGUAACAGUGAGACUGACGGACAUGCAGUCACACUGGGUUUCUCUCCCAGGUUUGCUCUGCAGUGACAGGGUGGCCACUGGAACAGGAGCCGAAGACAAGUGUUGGAACGGCAUGAGUCGUGCCAGGUACCUUCCUGAGGUGAUGGGUGAUGGUCUAGCCAGUCAGAUUAACAACCCUGAAGUGGAAAUCGACAUCACCAAGCCAGACAUAUCAAUACGCCAGCAGAUAAUGCAACUGAAGAUCAUGACACACCGCCUGAAGAAUGCUCUGAACGGCCGGGAUGUGGACUUCCAGGACACCAGUGAGUACUUUGCCCAUCACAGCCCACCAGUUUCUAAACAACGUGUGUGCUCCCCGGGCCCACGCAUUUCUGUGCCCAACACUGACCGACCCCGACACAACCCUCCACCUCCAGAAAAGGAGGGAGUGAAAACCUCAGCCAACCAGAAUCUCCCCAGUAUCAACAUUUACCUGCUUUCACUGCUCAUCCUGCUGCUCCGGCGGUAA